GAUUUUGUGGUUGCAUAACUGUUUUUGUCUAUUGUUUUUUCCCCAAGAUCCAACAUCAUAUCCAAUACAAUCAUAUAAUAUAGUCUUAAUACAUAAUAAUGUCUGCUAAUGAUCAUCUUUGUACCUUCAAAAAUGGCACAUCAACAACCAGUAACUUUGGGAAGACUACAGAGCAAGAUUUUACUCUCUCACUUUUUACUACUUUUUAACUAGAUUUUGUUCCUUUGUUAUUCUUUCCAAGUUUGGUAUAUACUUGUUGAUCUUUUACACUACCUACAUAAUUCUUGUCAAUGGUUUGUUUUGCAGGGAAAAGUUGAUACAGUCGUCGAGUCGUAUGACACUUGAAACCAGGCCCGAAUUCGACAUAUCGUUGCAAGUAAAAGAAGAAACUGAAUCGUUACAUGAAGACCAAGGCUCAACUAGCAUGCACGGGCCUGCAAACUUUGAAUCAAGAAGCUUAAAGUUAAGGAUCUCAAACGUCAUUCCUGAAAUGUGGACCGGUAACCUCAUAACUGGCAUUGGCGGAACGCCUGUUACAGUAACUUUAGUUGACAGUCGUACCAAUGAAGAAGUGAAGUCAGGGCCCGAAGCCUCAGGAAAAGUGGAAAUAGUAGUUAUUGGAGCAGAAGCUGAUAGUGUCACAAGGCAUGACCUUGAGAAGAUACUUGUUCCUCCCCACAUGGAAGGAAGCAAAUCUCGUUGUGUUAGUAAGUUAUGUUUGAACCUGAUAGAAGGCAGUGCUGUUUUACCAAUGGUUUCUUUUUUACAUAACAAGACAUGGAGAAAGAAAUCCAAUAUUAGGCUACAAGCAAGGUUCGUUGAACAUUUCAGUGGGAUUGAAGUUGAAGAAGCACAGACAGAGCCCUUCGUACUCAAGGACCGUCGCAAUGAAGUGUACAAGAAACACCCUGUCCCUUCUAAACAUAACGCUCGAUCAAAUAAGGUUGGCAAAAGUAGCAGUUUGAUAUUUGAUGCUUCAAAGCAAGCAAAAAAUCUGGAGAUCACCACGAAGCAUGCUCAAAAAUCACCUGCUAAACUAAAGUACUGCUACUCUAGUUCUGAUAAGAACACUAAGGUUAUUUUCAAUGUCUCUGGUGAAGUCUUGGGUUUAUAUCUGGAGAGCCGGUUCUUUUCAACAAAUAUGCUCUCCGAUACACAAAAGGAAUUUGCCAAGUACUUGGUAAUUUCUGAAUCUACGAAUUGGGAGAAUGUUAUCACCAUCAAUGACAACCAAUCCUCUACCCAUUUACACAACAAGAGCGAAUUUCUAAAUGGCAGUGACUUGAUCAUUGAUGAAAGUUCAUUAUUUGAUACUAAUAUGCUUUCUGCUGGGCAAAAUCCAAACCCAGAGUUCUUACCUGAAUCUUUAAGAACACGUUAUAAUGAGAUUUAUCAUGGGUUUGAGAGUCUUUGCACUUCAAAUCAGUAUCAACCAGGACCUAGUUCAGUAUUGGUUCAUAGUAAGGUUUCUCAAGUGAACAGGUUUUGUAAAAGAUGGAGGAUGUUAUUUUGUGUUGUAACCUUCACAAUAGGAUCUUUGAUGAAAAAAUGUGCUAAAGGUAGUCAUGUUCACAAGAAACGAAAAUUGUCUUAGCCUUGUUAGACUAAUCUUGAGUUAUGGACUCAUGGUCAAAGUUUAGGGUCUAUUAUGUUAAAGAUUGUAUAGUUCAUAGAUGAAGGCUUAGUGAGUGUAAAACUGUUAGUACUUCUGAAACAUUUAGGCUUAUAAGAGAUAUGUCGUUUGGGACAUAAGGAAUCCGUCAUUCACAGAGAGGAAACAGAGCAACACGUCUCUUCUAGAUUGCAGCAAAGAACGACCCAACACACAACCACACGACACACUGAUUUGGGAAGAGACACGUCGAUUUGAAGCAGCACAACGUUUGGCAGAAAAACAAAGGAUAAGACAGGCAUAAAUAGAGAAUUUUAAUUUCGUUAUAGUGCAAGAGACUAGCCAGAGAAUCCUUGAGUGAUUCUUAGUGUUAGAUACAACCAAGUGUACAAAGAAUGAUGUAUAUACUUUUUUGAAUCAAUAGAAAUGCAAGUUUGAUUCA